UACACCGAUACGGGCGAAUUUUCAUGGAUGUGAGCCCUCUACGUUUAUCAUUACACGCUGGGGGGCUUCUAUCAGCUUGCGCUUUCAUCUUGCAUGCAACGAUCAUUGCUUUCUCACAGACAAACCACUUAUUAUUCCUUGCCGCUUUCGGACAUUUCAACUUCAUUUUGUCUAAAUUUAUUUCAUUUACGAUGGAUGAAUGGGUAGAUGAUGUCCGUCAUUGGCCUAAAUUGGAGUUUCAAGAUAUCUACGACUACUUUGUUACCAUGCCAGCUUGUGACAACCAGCCGAAUCAAAAUUUUCGCAGCAUUAGUGAAGGUAUAAACUAUCUGCAUUCAGGAUGGGUUGGAGUCGUGAUGCAUAAGAUGUCUGGGCAAAACGUGAUUCUACGCUGUCAAGUACGAUAUUCACAGACAAUUGGCAACUACCAUCAAGUAGAAGUGACCGUGAACCGGAAUGAAAGUAAGAUUGUAGCGGUUAAGUGCGACUGCAUUGCAUCAGAAGGACGAUGUUGUAGCCACAGUGCUGGAUUGGCUUUCAAGGUGCAUGAAGCGAACAAGAAAGGCUUUAUCGGCGUAGCGUGUACUGAUGUAUCCUGCAGUUGGAACCGCAGCACGCAGCAGAAUGUUUUACCGGACACGGUUCUAAACAUUCGCACGAACACCAAAACUUCGAUGGCCAACACAGUGUUAGCUUUUGAGACAGAUGAGCUCCUAUUGGCCCAUCUCAACCAGCCACACAUGCAGAGUUUGUAGUCUGUUCCCGGGACGAUUCUUCACCAUAUGCAGUCGGCCAAGCCACAAUCGUCUCAUUCUGAUCGGGUCAGGCCAACAGCUGAAGUUGUUGACCAUGGAAAUCAUGCUAUACCACUGGAGUGUGCUCCAUGCAGAAAGCUGUUUGAGGGGUAUGUGCAGCUGACAGAAACACAGGCGAAAUCCCUUGCUGAAAAAAAACUGUUAACCAAAAAUCAGCACUCUGGACUUCGCAAAGAAAACUGCGAAUCACCAGUAGUUCAGCCGCAAGUGUACCGAAACGUCAGGAAACGGAUCCAUCCAAAUGGAUAAAAAACCAUCUAGAUCCAACUUUCAGAGGAAAUGCAGCGACAAUUCAUGGACAACAGCAUGAAGAUAUUGCUAGGAAGCAAUUUGAGGAGGAGACAGGGUGUCAUGUCGACCAAGUUGGUCUUCUAGUGAGGCCAGAGGACAGUUGGUUAGGUGCCAGCCUUGACGGUCGUAUUGAUGAACAUUCAAUCCUAGAA